AAUCUGCUUCAUCAGGAUUGUGUGGGUACGGUUUGAUCAGAUUUGAUUGAUCCGGCACCAUAAGCAAACAUCCCCACAGCUGUUAUCGUAUUUUGAUAUUGAAAUAUUGAAUUUCAAAUAUUGCUAAAUCCUGAUUGGUGCACAGAUAUGUGUGACACCACAUUUUUUCCAACCUCUUCCCACCCACUUCAAACCAGCAAGAAGAGCACAGACGAAAUGAAAAAUACAGAAAAUUAAUUAAUGGAAACUGUUUGAACUUUGGCAGAAAAUAUUGUUUUCAUGUAGGACGCCAUAAUACUAAGAAGCUGAUUGUUUUUCAGGGCCUUUAAGCUAAAUGGGGAAAUUCUUAAUUCUAAGACAACUCCCCUGUCACGUAUACCUUGAGAUUAUUAUCUAAAUUGAGAUUUAUUGCAAGUGGAUUGCAUGUAUUUUGAGCCUCAUUGAGAAGUUCUCCUUGUACGGUAUAACACCUCAGCAGAGAGUGAUAGCCAAGCGCGACCUACUGUUAGAUCUGUUCUCCUCUGCCCUCAACCAUCUUUGUCUGGCUGGUAUGUGCCUGUCCACAGUCCCAUGACCCACUCCUGGUCUAAAUAUAAAUAUCCAAGCAGGGUGUUCAACUGCUAAGGUCACAUUACGUCAUCCCAAGCAGCAUACUCUCAAUCAAAGUAGCACUCAGGGCACGAGCUUCAGAUGUGUCACAGUCUUUAUGGUAAAAAAUGGUUUGAAAAUGAUGUGAUGCAGUAACAGCUAGUGACUGAUUGUCUUCCUGGGGAGAGGGCUCGAGUUAAAAAAACCUGCUGAAAAAAAUCCAAAUUGUGUCCUAAAUUUGAUGUGCUUCUCUUGUGGCUGACAUGGGUAAUGGAAUAAACAGGGUCCUGCCUUAUCUUUACCUCGGAAAUAUCAAAGAUGCACGAGAUAAGGAGCUGCUGGCGCAGCACAACAUCACCCACAUCCUGUCCAUCCAUGACACAGCUGCACCCAUCCUGGAGGACAUGACGUACCUGUGUAUAUCUGCUGCUGACCACUCUAAGCAAAACCUGACUCAGUACUUCAGAGACAGCAUCAUGUUUAUCCACGAGUCCCGACUGAAAGGAGAGGGCUGCCUUGUCCACUGUGUUGCAGGAGUGUCCCGCAGUGUGACUCUGGUGGUGGCUUACAUCAUGACGGUGACGGGCCGCGGCUGGGUGGAGACUCUGGCAGCGGUGAGGGCGGCUCGGCCGUGUGCAGGGCCGAACCUGGGCUUCCUUCGGCAGCUGGAGGAGUUUGAAAACACGGAACUGACAGAAUAUCGGGCCUGGUGGAAGGACCGAUACGGGAAGAACUCGUUCAAUGAUGAUGAGGAGAUGGAAACCCUUUUAACUCGUAAACCUAACAGCAAUGCCAUAACAAGCAGCAUAACUCCUGCGCUGGGCACAAGUGGCACCUGAAAAAACGUCCUUUUGUCAUUCUCGUCUUGCCUGAACUCAAGCAGCCGAGGACUGUGGGCUUCUGCUCGGACCAUUAAACUAACACUAAGACCAGACCAGCUGUUUGAAAAACUCCUGCCUUCAUCAGCGAUCCUGCAGAGAAAAGCUACCGCAGGAACACCAUCUGUAUUGAUAUAUCGUGAAUCACAUUUGCUAGAAUGGCUAAGUACUCAUGUGAUGGGGGGGAUUUUUAUGUCAUUAUCUCAGUCCUCCUUGUCAUGUCAUGUCCUCGCUUCUAACUGACAAAACAACAUGCAAGGGCAGUCAAGCAUGACAUAAAGGAAAUAUGUACAUACAGUCCACAGUGUGAACACACAUUUAGCAGGGUGCACUCCCCCUGUCAGUUAUGUUAUGCUGUGUCUUCUACUUGAAAUAUGAGUAUUACUUUCUAUGGACAGUUCGGAAGCUGAAGAACACUGUAUCUUCCAGUAAAACAGUAUCAGAAGCAGUAUUUAUUUAUUUACGCUGUUUUCUUCCUUAAUUGAUGUUUAUUUUUGUUUGUAUUGUAAAAAAGAAGGAUUAACAGUAAUUUACUGUUGUGUAAAUUUGCAUUUUAUUUAAUUAAAUAUCCAUUAACCUGA